GGUCUCUCCUUCUGCUGCAGGUAUACAAAGAGAAGCUGUAUGGUAAGAAGUACGUCUGGUUCCUGAUUGGCUGGUAUGCUGACAACUGGUUCAAGAUCCAAGAUAAUAACAUCAACUGUACGGUGCAGCAAAUGACUGAGGCUGUAGAGGGGCACCUCACCACAGAGAUCCUCAUGGUCAACCCUACCAACAGCAGGGGGAUCUCCAAAAUGACCUCGCAGGAGUUCUUGGAGAAACUGCAGACAGUGAUCAAGAAAUCACCGGAGGAGACUGGGGGCUACCAGGAGGCACCCUUGGCAUACGAUGCCAUCUGGGCACUGGCCCUGGCCCUGAACAAAACGGCUCAGGAGCUGGAGAAGAAGCAGAUGCGCUUGGAUCAGUUCAACUAUCACAGUCAGAACAGGGCCAUCACUGAUGAGCUUUACAAAGCUAUGAAUUCCUCCUCCUUUGAUGGAGUCUCA